CAAUGAGUGUCAGUUACAGGGAGUAUGCCCUAAUGGUGAGUGCUUGAAUACCAUGGGUAGCUACAGAUGUACCUGCAAGAUGGGAUUUGUGCCAGAUCCUACCCUCUCAAGAUGCAUACCUGAUAAUCCUAUAGUUGCUGAAGAGAAAGGACCCUGCUACCGGUUUGUCAGUGCAGGAAAGCAGUGCAUGCAUCCUCUUUCUGUUCAGCUCAGCAAGCAGCUUUGCUGUUGCAGUGUCGGCAAAGCCUGGGGCCCACACUGCGAGAAGUGUCCGCUUCCAGGAACAGCUGCUUUUAAGGAAAUCUGCCCUGGUGGAAUGGGUUAUACGGUUUCUGGCCCUCACAGAAACAAGCUAUAUCAUCACCCUGCAGUUAGAGUACAGCCACCUGUCAUUGGCAAGACCCCGAUUACUCAACCUGUUGCUAAAGGUACUUCUCCUCCACCUCUCCCAGCAAAGGAAGAGCCAGUGGAGGCACUGACCUUCUCACAGAAAAGUGAGACUGAGAUGGCUGUGCAAGAAGUGGCAACUGCAGCCCCUGAUCAGGAAUUAGCUUCCCUUGAUCAAGAAAAGCAGCCUUAUCUAGAGCCUGGGCAGCCUCAGCUUUCUCCUGGAAUUUCAACGAUUAACCUGCAUCCACAGUUUCCAGUAGUGAUUGAGAAAACAUCUCCUCCUCUGCCUGUUGAAGUUGCUCCUGAAGUCUCUACAUCAAGUGCAAGUCAAGUAAUUGCACCUACUCAAGUUACAGAAAUCAACGAAUGUACAGUUAAUCCUGAUAUCUGUGGAGCAGGACACUGUGUUAAUUUGCCUGUGGGAUACACUUGCAUCUGCUACGAGGGGUACAAACUUAACGAUCAGCAGACAAAGUGCUCUGAUAUUAAUGAGUGUAAUCAGUCACCCCAUCUCUGUUCCCUUGGACGCUGUGAAAAUACAGAAGGAAGUUUCCUGUGUAUUUGCCAAGCUGGAUUCAUGGCCAGUGAAGAUGGAACCGACUGUGUUGAUUUCGAUGAAUGUUCAAGACCUCAUACUUGUGGGGAAGGCUUUUGUAUAAAUACUCUUGGCUCCUUCAGAUGUGAAUAUUGUGAUAGUGGAUACCAAAUGAACAGGAGGGGUGAAUGUGAAGACAUUGAUGAAUGCCUGACUCCACCUACAUGUCCAGAUGCACAGUGCGUUAAUGCUCCUGGCUCUUACCAAUGCAUCCCUUGCAGAGUGGGAUUCAGAGGCUGGAAUGGACAGUGCCAUGAUAUAGAUGAAUGUCAGUAUGGCAAUCUCUGUACAAAUGGACGUUGUGAAAAUAUGGAGGGGUCUUUCAGAUGUAUUUGUGGCCAAGGUUUCAGACUCUCUACAUCAGAGGAUCAGUGUGAAGAUAUAGAUGAAUGCCAGCACAGAUCACUCUGUACAAAUGGACGCUGCAGGAACACAGAAGGAUCUUUCAGAUGUAUUUGUAGCCAAGGCUACACAUUAUCAUCUACUGGAGAUCAAUGUGAAGAUGUUGAUGAAUGUCUUCGAGACAGUGAUACUUGCCUUGGAGGAAACUGCAUCAAUACUGAUGGGUCUUACAAAUGCACUUGUCCAGAUGGUUUCCAGCAGAUAGCAAAUAGGGGAUGUCAAGAUAUCAAUGAAUGUGAGAGAUCUGACCUCUGUUCCCCUCACGGGGAGUGUCUAAACACGGAUGGUUCCUACCAGUGCAUAUGUGAGCGAGGUUUUUCUGUGUCUGCAGAUGGCCGAACAUGUGAAGAUGUUGAUGAAUGUGCAAACGGCACAAUAUGUGGCAGUCACGGGUUCUGUGAAAAUAUGGAUGGCUCCUACCGCUGCCUCUGUUACCAAGGGUAUCAGGACUCACAGGAUGGGCGAGGGUGUACGGAUGUGAAUGAAUGUGAAAUGCUGAGUGGAGUAUGUGGCGAAGCCCUCUGUGAAAAUGUUGAUGGUUCUUUUCUGUGCCUGUGCUCUGAUGAAAACCAGGAGUAUGAUCCAAUGACCGGACAGUGUCGCUUCCGUACCUCACCAGAAUUACCCAUAGAGGCUGAUCAACAUGAAGAUGGAAAGAAGGAGUGCUACUACAAUCUGAACGAUGCCAAUUUCUGUGACAAUGUGCUUACGUCCAAUGUAACCAAACAAGAAUGCUGCUGUACCUUGGGUGCUGGCUGGGGCGAUAACUGUGAAAUCUUCCCAUGCCCUGUCUUUGGAACUGCUGAAUUUACUGAUUUGUGUCCUGAAGGAAAAGGUUUCAUUCCCUCUGGAGAUUCAUCUUACGGGCUUCUUGCUCAGAAUUACAAAGAUGCUGAUGAAUGCCAACUCUUUGGACAAGAAAUCUGUAAAAAUGGCUUCUGUUUGAAUACACAGCCAGGUUACGAGUGCUACUGCAAACAAGGCACAUACUACGACCCUGUUAAGCUCCAGUGCUUUGACACGGAUGAAUGUCAGGACCCAAACAGCUGUAUUGAUGGCCAGUGCAUUAACACAGAAGGAUCUUACAACUGUUUCUGUACACACCCAAUGGUUCUGGACGCAACAGAAAAGCGAUGCAUCAGACCAGCAGAUUCAAGUGAACAAACUGAAGAAACUGAGGUCUACCAGGAUCUUUGCUGGCAGCAUCUAAGUGAUGAUUUUGUUUGUAGUCGACCUCUGGUUGGAAAGCAAACUACAUAUACCGAGUGCUGUUGCCUAUACGGUGAAGCUUGGGGCAUGCAGUGCGCACUGUGUCCUAUGAAGGAGUCAGAGGAUUAUGCCCAGCUGUGCAACAUUCCAGUUCCAGGAUCUCGACGGCCAUAUGGACAAGAUGCUUUGGUUGACUUUGAGGAGCAUUACACUCCAGAAACUAAUCCAUACUUUGUCGAAGAUCGUUUUCUGAACAGCUUUGAGGAGUUACAAGCAGAGGAAUGUGGUAUUCUGAAUGGAUGUGAAAAUGGCCGAUGUGUAAGAGUCCAGGAAGGCUACACCUGUGACUGCUUUGAUGGUUAUCACCUGGACAUGGCCAAAAUGACUUGUGUUG